AAACGCAGCCCCCUCCCGCGACACAGGGCGCGUUGCACACGCGGCGGGGCCGCGCAGGUUGGGAUGGGGGGGGCCGGAAGGAUGGCGAGGAAGUAGCAGAGGGUUUCCUGAGAUGAAAGAUUACUUCCGUCCGGGCUCUGGCCUCGCUCUAGCGCCGGCGCGCGGGGCUGGGGGGCCGCGUGGGGACACCUGCAGCGCGGGGCGGGGCGCGCGGGACGCGCGGGGCGCAGCUCCAGGAAGCCUGGCAGGGGGGAGCCGAGCGCGCUUCCCGGCGCCCCAGCCAUGGUGGCCAAACAGCGGAUCCGGAUGGCCAACGAGAAGCACAGCAAAAACAUCACCCAGAGGGGGAACGUCGCCAAAACCCUGAGGCCACAAGAAGAGAAGUAUCCUGUGGGACCAUGGCUGUUGGCGCUGUUUGUUUUUGUUGUCUGUGGUUCAGAUACCACCUGCACUGGCAUCCUGUGGCCUCUUGAUAUCACCCUCCCCUCAAGCCUCCCUGUGUGUUCUCUUAGUCAUCUGCAACUCCGCUGCCCACCAUAUCCAGCCAUGCAGUCCCUACAAAGACACCCUGGAACUACUUGCUUUCCCAGCUCACCAAACCCAGGUUUUAGAGGAAAAAGACCAGCAUCCCAUAGGUCAACCACACAAACACUGGCCUUUCCUGGAGACUGCUGGAACCUUCUAGAAGCUAUAAUAUCCAAAGAGGUUCACCCUCCCCUGAGACUGGUAUGUGGAAGGUAUAAGGAACUGAGCAGUCCCGGGAGGGAACCUUCUGUUUCACCACAAAGGAGGGCCUGAGGACAUAGGCCCCUUCUGGAAUUCUCUCCUGGGGAUCUGACAUGGACAACCUGGAGAAGACAGUUCACCAGCCAUUGGGAUACUCAAGGUGAUCCUCAGCCUCCUGUGCUCGUUGUUCUGUGCUCCCAGAGCAGAUGGUUCUUGUAUCUCUUUCUCAGAAGAAUCAUUCUGCUGUCUGCCAUUUUAACUUGGCUAGAGGGCUUCAUUCUUGGCUACCAAUAUUUACUCCUUUCAUGGUGCCUCCUGCCUUUGUCUAUCCAUGGCAUCACUCUCUUUCCCUUCAUCUCCAUCUCUGGAGAAACAACCAUGAAAUUACACCAGAAAUUGGUGUCUUGCCUUUGAUUUUUAUAUGAAUAUAACAAUUCUGCCUAACAAACCACCUCGGCAAUGUCAGAAUGUCCUGUCACCUGGUUUUUCUACUUCUCUCUUCAGGAUUACUUUUCUUACCAGAUUUUUUUUUCUUUUGUUAUCUUCUUUCAUGAAAAAUAAUCAAAGUUGGAUGAUUUCUACAAUUGUCUUAUCCCUUUAAAGGAUAUUCCUCUGACCUGUCAACCAUUCUUCUCAACUACUCUUUUCAUCUCUCUUACAAACUAUUUACUCUCAAUGAAAAUGACUUUCUGAAGCCUCUUGUUGUAGGGCAGGGAUCCUGCUUCCUGGCAGUUUCCCAGGGCUCACUUGUGUUGUCCCUGUCUCCUGGCACUUCCAGCGAGCUGUGAAAGUUAGUCCCCAGGGAAAAAGCGGGCUGAGAUGCCUUAGGUCUGAGCUCUUGGGACAUUUGAGUCUAAAGUGUCCACUUGAUACUUUUUUGUUGUUAUUUUGUUUUCAAGGUUAUUAUUUGAGGUCUGUAAUAUAAAUUUUGCACUUUGAAAACUUGGCUAUUCAUUCUCAUUCAUUCUGUAUUUACUGAGGACAUAGUAUGCGCCUAGGGUUUAACUAGUAAGAUCCAGUAAGAUAACAAGCAGAGCUGUUCAUAUAGUCCCUACUCUUCUGAACUUGAAGUCUAGCGAGGAAAAAAGAUGAAAAAAAAAAUCAAAUUAGAAUGUGAAAUUUCAGCUGUGAGGUCUUUGAAGGAAAGGCCUGCAGUUUAGUGGAAGGGGCUGCAUUGGGUGCGUGAUUAGCAGAGUGUGUUCCUAAAUCCAUCAGCCUCAACAUGACCUAUGAAACACCUAGAAAUACACGUUUUUGCUUCUUACCCUCUGAACUGAGAGCAUCAGUGAGACUGUGAUAUACAUACUUAUGUCUGAUAAUUCUUAUUCCAAGUGGUCACAAAAGGCUUUCUUUCUUUUUUCUUUUUCUUUCUUUUUUUUUUUUUACAAAAUGACUUUAGGAUUAUGAAGGACACACUAGGCAAGGAGGGAAGGGUGGAAAAAAAUGCUUUGGACAGAAACAAUGCCAUGUGCAUGUGUAAAAGCUCUACAGUAAGAACAGGGAGCUUUUUUGGAGCUAAUGUAGCAAAAGGGUACAAGACUUGCAAGCGUGAGGUCCUGAGUUCCAUCCCCAGCAAUUAUGAUGAUUUGGUUCAUAUAUGUGUAUAUAUAUA